UUCUGUGGUGUCGGACUGUCUAUCGACUUGUUUCUAAUCACCAUUUUCUUCCUUCUUGUCAAACUCUAUCAAAUUAUGAUAACUAUUGUACAUUAUUGUAUUAUCAAGACGUGUUAUUAUACAAAUUUAUGAAUCCACCUUCCUAAUCCAACCAGAAAUUGAUUGGUGGAGAAUAGUCAAAUUCAUGUUUACCCAGUUGGAAACAAUGCAAGUGAUCCUCCCAUUAUCGCUUCGCGAUUCUUUUAAUUCAGUGACUGGCGUGUGGUUCGAUGGAAAAAAACUCUGCGGUUCAGUGAUUCUUAGCUUUGACAAGCAAAUCAGUAAGAGGAGAGAAAUUUUGUGUUUGUUUCCUGUGAACUUGCAGUUGUUAAGUCUGUUCUGUAACAGUAGUGGUUGGUGGACAUUGUCGGAGAACUGCUCGGAGUUGUAAGCGUCGAUCGAAAAUGAUUGAUGGGAUCAUCGGCGCAACCAGCACCACGUUGUUAAACAGCUUUUGGGCAUCAAAUCGGAUGCUUGCAUUAAUUGGGAACAGGGUCCUGUUUUGGCUUAAAAUCCUUUCCGAGUAAAUUUCUUUGAUCAUUUCUGAGCUUUGCUUUUGGAAGUCAAUCUUUAUUCUCUUUUUUACGUUCUUGGUUUUGUGUUUAUUUUCUUUUACCGUCAAUGGGAUUCGAAUGAUUCUCUCUGAUAAGACGUGCCAUUCCCCCAUUACUUCGUUUUUCUUGCCUUCCUUAGUACUUAUUCUUGACCUACAUCUUUUUCCUGUUCACGGUUUACUAUUGAGGAUUUUGUGUUGCUGAAGUAGCUAUGGUUAACUUGAGUUUAUUCUUUACGAGCUCUAUACAAGAUUUGGUAGUAAAUAGUUCUGUACUGAAACUUUUCGGUGGAAUGCUUGUUCUUCUGUGGUCUAUGUUCUUGAGCUCCUUCUCUUCAUUUAAAGCUUUCCUUGUUAUCACCAAUAGCUCUUUGCUUGUUCAGCAGUCUCCAGCUUUGUGAAAGCUUGAAUCAGUUAGUAGUCUUCCUGGGCCAAGGCUGGUUUGGCAGAUUAAGUUUGUUGUUCGGUCAUGGAGAGCUUAUUAGUUCUUACAUUGAUUAGUUCGAUAUGGGCAUUUCUUGCUGGUUCUGCUUGUUGCCAAAGGCCUGCGGUUGUGAACAUUGGUGCAGUUUUCACUUUUGAUUCAAUUAUAGGAAGAGCGGCAAAGGUGGCAAUGGAAGCCGCAGUUUCGGAUGUGAAUGCAGAUCCUUCCAUUCUCAAUGGAACAAAGCUGAAUUUGGUCAUGGCAGAUACACAUUGUAAUGUUCUCUUGGGUUCUAUUGGAGCUUUUCAGGUUCUUGAGAAAGAUGUAGUAGCCAUAGUUGGGCCUCAAUCUUCAGUUGUAGCUCAUAUGGUUCUACAGAUUGCUAAUAAUCUCCAAGUGCCUCUUAUAUCAUAUGCUGCCACUGACCCAACUUUAUCUGCUCUCCAAUUCCCCUUUUUCCUACGGACUACUCAGAGUGAUGCCUAUCAAAUGACUGCUAUGGCAGACUUAAUUGACUUUUAUGAGUGGAAGGAGGUGAUCAUGAUCUUUGUGGAUGAUGAUUAUGGUAGAAAUGGAAUAUCCACUUUAACUGAUGAGCUUGACAAGAGGAUGUUUAAAAUUUCUUACAAAAUACCCUUACCUUGUCAUUUUAAUCUCAGUGAAAUCACAAUCAUACUCAAUAACUCCAAGUUGCUUGGUCCUCGUGUCUAUGUUGUUCAUGUCAAUCCUGAUCCUAGAUUAAGUAUCUUCAAAAUAGCCCAUCAACUUGAUAUGAUGACAAGUGAUUAUGUGUGGCUGGCAACAGAUUGGCUUUCUACUACCUUAGAUUCUGUUCUGCCCGUGCAACAAACCUCUAUAAACAUCCUUCAAGGUGUGGUUGUACUUCGUCAACAUAUUCCUGAAUCCAGCCGAAAAACAACAUUAUGGUCUAGGUUAAGGAACAUGCUGCCAGAAGACUCUAGAAAUUCUUCUUUGAAUGUCUAUGCUCUUAGUGCCUAUGAUACCAUUCAAGUAGUUGCACGUGCAAUCGAUAAGUUUCUAAAUGAAGGUAGGAGCAUUACCUUCUCAUUGAAGAACAAGUUUCAUGAUUUAAAUACAUCUAGAAUGUCCUGGGGAAAGCUCAAAAUAUUUGAUGAUGGUGCUCUACUGUUGAGCAUAUUGUUGCAGGCAAACUUUACUGGUUUAAGUGGUCGGAUUGAGUUUAAUUCAGAUCGGAACGUUAUCAAUAGAGGCUAUGAGGUGAUUAAUAUCGAUCAGAUGGGACUGCGUAGAGUUGGUUAUUGGUCCAAUGUCACAGGCUUUACAAUCCAAUCUCCAGAAACUCUGAAACAGAAACGAAUUGGUUAUUCCCACCUGAACCAGACGCUUGGCAAUGUUACCUGGCCUGGUGGAAAGAGAGAAAAACCGCGUGGAUGGGUGAUUGCAAACAAUGAAAGACCAUUAAUAAUUGGAGUGCCACGUAGAGUAAGUUUUGUUGAAUUUGUUACUGCAGUCAAUGGAAGCCACAAAAACAUUGAAGGAUACUGCAUCGAUCUGUUCAAUGAAGCAAGAAAGCUGGUUCCUUAUGAUGUUCCUUACAGAUUUAUACCUUUUGGAAAUGGCUCCUCCAAUCCUAGUUAUGAUGACCUUGUGAAGAACGUUGCAAAUGGUAUAUUUGAUGCAGCUGUUGGAGAUAUUGCAAUUGUGACCAAUCGCACAAGGAUCGUGGAUUUUUCUCAGCCUUUUGCUUCUACCGGUCUUGUUAUUGUGGCUCCAAUAAAAAAUUCAAAGUCAAAUGCUUGGGUGUUCCUUAAACCAUUUACAGUAGAGAUGUGGUGCGUAACAUCGGCGUCCUUUUUUAUGAUAGGGGCAGUCAUAUGGCUUCUUGAGCAUCGAGUAAAUGAUGAUUUCCGUGGUCCACCAAAAAGGCAGCUAGUGACAGUAAUAUUGUUCAGCUUCUCGACAUUGUUUAAAACGAAUCAGGAAGCUACUGUAAGUCCACUUGGACGUAUGGUAAUGGUGGUGUGGCUUUUCUUAUUGAUGGUUAUCACAUCAAGCUAUACAGCCAGUCUCACUUCAAUCCUUACAGUUCAGCAGCUUUCAUCUCCCAUUAAAGGACUUGAUGACUUGAUUACUAAUGAACAGCCAAUUGGCUACCAGGUAGGAUCGUUUGCGUAUAGCUAUCUGACCGAGAGUCUUUACCUUCCACGAUCGAGGCUUGUAUCUCUAGGCUCUCCAGAAGAGUAUGAAUCAGCACUGCUGAAGGGGCCAUUCAAAAAAGGAGGGGUGGCGGCUAUUAUAGAUGAACUUCCAUAUAUGGAAUUGUUCUUAUCAGGGAGGAAUGAUUUCGGAAUGAUCGGACAGCCAUUCACCAAGAGUGGAUGGGGAUUUGCCUUUCAGAGAGGAUCUCCACUUGCAGUAGACAUGUCAACCGCAAUUCUAAAGCUUUCUGAGAAUGGAAAGCUUCAGAAGAUCCAUGAGAAGUGGUUUUGCAAGAUGGGUUGUCCUGGAGAGAGGAGAAGGAAAUCUGAGCCUAACCAACUUCAGUUGGUCAGCUUCUGGGGUCUGUAUCUGUUGUGCGGCGCCUUUUCACUCGUUGCUCUUCUCAUAUUUUUGCUCCGCAUAGUUCGACAAUUUGCUCGCUACAUACGACAACAGAAGGAAUCUUCUCAUUCAGAAUUGGUGUCAUCCAAUUCAAACUCAAGCUGGACUCAGGUUAUAUAUAAGUUUAUCGACUUUGUUGAUGAGAAGGAAGAAGCUAUCAAGAGACUUUUUCGAAAGCACGAUACUCAGAAUCAGGCUAACCGAUAGCUCUUCGAUGUGUGUUAAAAAUGCUUGAAGGUUAAUCCUGCAGCUGUACUUGCAGUUGGAAUCUCUAUGUUUUAAAAAUAUUGUGUUCUUCCUUUGCUGCAAAGUAACCUAAAAUUUAGUGUUCAUGUAAAUAAGACUGCAACAUUAUGAUCCUAAUUACUCCCAUAUUUGGGUGGUCAAAUUCUGUAUGAUGGGACAAGUAUGAUAUUUAUGAGUGCUGUAUGAAGUGGCAAUUUUUUGUUUUUGUUUUUGUUUUUUGAUAAAA